UUCCAGCGCCCGGCGCCCAGUGAGUCUCCAGAUUUGGCGACUGGAUGAAAUGGCGGACCCUGCGGCGCUAGUAUGGAUUCGCGGCCCCGGCUUCGGGUGCAAGGCGGUGCGGUGUGCUACGGCUGGGUGCUCCGUAUGGGAUUUUAUCCACCGUCACUGCCAAGAUCAGGAUGUUCCAGUGGAGUACUUCUUUGUAAAAUGCAAUGGAGCACUCAUUAACACCAAUGACGCAGUGCGGCAUGGAGCUAUCUAUAGUCUGGAACCCAGACUUUGUGGUGGAAAAGGAGGUUUUGGGUCUAUGCUCCGAGCACUUGGUGCUCAGAUUGAGAAGACAACCAAUCGAGAAGCUUGCAGGGAUCUCAGUGGAAGGAGACUACGAGAUGUCAAUCAUGAAAAAGCAAUGGCUGAAUGGGUAAAACAACAAGCUGAGCGAGAGGCUGAAAAGGAGCAAAAGCGCCUGGAGCGACUGCAGCGGAAGCUUGCAGAACCCAAGCACUGCUUCACCAGCCCCGACUAUCAGCAGCAGUGCCAUGAAAUGGCUGAGCGUCUGGAGGAUUCUGUCCUCAAAGGUAUGCAGGCUGCCUCCAGCAAAAUGGUGUCAGCAGAAAUCACUGAGAAUCGGAAACGGCCUAUUGAGUCGAAAACAAGCAGAGAAACCAAUUCAGGGAAAAGAAAAUGCUUUUGGUUGGGCAUGGAAGGACUGGCAAAUGCAGAGUGUUCCAGUUCUGAGAGCUCAGAGGAUGACAGUGUAGAAGCACCUAGUACUUCAGGAAUGAGCUUCCAGGUUCCAACAGAUGGCAGUGAUGGUGUUGGGAUGGCAGUUGAAUUUCCCCAUGGUUCUCAGAGGGCUAGACUAUUGAGUACAGACUCUGCAUCACCAGAAAAACUACAGACCCCAGUUUUUGACUCCAGGAUUGGUAUGUCAGAAGACUCAUAUGCUAAGCUGGAAGAGAAGUCUACUGAGGAGCAGACAGAAAGGAAGAUGGCUAUAGGAACCGAGGAGACCCAAGAGGAAAAGGAGGCAGAGAGUAAAGAACCUAUAGAAAACAAAGCAGCUGGGGCCGGACUGAAUGGAAAGGCAGAGCCAGAGGAAAUGACUGAUGGGGAAAGAGUUAGCAAGGUAACACCUGGAGAAGAUAGGGAAAACAUCCCCAUGGCCAAACUGGAGGAAAGCCAAUCAGGAAACUCAGAUAUUGGUCAGGAAACUAUAGAUUUACUGGCAUUCAGCUCUGUUGCAGAAAUGGAGUUGCUGGGUUUAGAAAAGCUGAAGUCUGAACUGAUGGCCCUGGGACUGAAAUGUGGGGGCACUCUCCAGGAGAGGGCAGCAAGACUCUUCUCUGUCAUAGGGCUGGCAAAGGAACAAAUAGACCCAGCUUUAUUUGCCAAGCCUGUGAAAGGGAAGAAGAAAUGAAUUUCAUCAGAGCUGAUUUCUUUUUCUUCUUGUAGUCCAGCACUUAACAACCUGCAUAAUGUUGACUCUUGGCCAUUAUUCCUGUUGGUAUUAAAAGCUUACUUUUUCAUAACCCAGUUCUAUCUUUUUUACUAUUACAUUUAUAAAAUUAGUUUGUUUUCUUUGUGGGAAAGUUUAGAUAAAUUCAAUUUCUUUAAUAAAUAUAAAGCUAUUCAGA